AUGGCCGGCAGAGGCGCAGGCAGAGGCGCCGGCAGCGGCCCGCAGCCGCCCGCCGUGGCGCAGCCGCUCGCCGGCGGUCACCUGUACCCCUUCGUGAGCGCGGAGAGCGAGGGGCCCGAGGAGGAGGGCGAGGUGUCGGAACUGCGGCCGCGGGGCAGGGAGAAGGUCCGGCGGAGCGCGUCGAGGGACAGGCUGGAUGAUAUCGUUCUGCUGACGAAGGACAUCCGGGAAGGGGACACGCUGAACGCGAUCGCGCUGCAGUUCUGCUGUUCGGUUGCAGAUAUCAAGAGAGUUAACAAUCUUAUCAACGAUCAAGAUUUUUUUGCCCUGAGGUCUAUCAAAAUUCCAGUGAAAAAGUUCAGUGUAUUGACUGAAACCCACAUAUCUCCAAAAGGAAGACCUGCUCUCCGGCCUUCUCUGUGUUCCCCAGAAGUACAGGAAACAUCUCUUUGUGAUAAAUUCUCUGCUAAUGAGACUGCUGGCAACUUCUUAAAAGAAGUCGAUCGAGAUAUAGAAGAAAUAGUGAAGUGUAAUGAUACAAAGAGAGAGAAUCUGAAUGAAGUUGUUUCUGCUUUAGCAGCCCAACAGAUCUGUUUUGAAACUGAUGGUAAAACUAAAAAAUGCAAGGAUCCUUACUACGGAGCAGACUGGGGUAUAGGAUGGUGGACAGCAGUAGUGAUUAUGUUGAUCAUUGGCAUAGUAACUCCAGUUUUUUAUCUCCUGUAUUAUGAAGUUCUAGUGAAAGCAGAUGUCAGUCACCAUUCUCCAGUGGAAUCUUCCCAUUUGUUUGUCACAGCAGUAUCACAUCAGAAAGAAAUAGAAAAUGGAAUAAAUCCAACAAAUAUUAUGAAGGUUGAUAAUCAAGGAGACCUUCAGCAUUAAUAAUGGAAGACUCUAGACAACUGUUGUUUGUAGAUACAUAACAUAACCUUAGGUAGAGGGGAAUCCACAGAAUGCAAAAUGCACUUGGAAUGCAGAGAAAAAAUGUACUGAUGUGUGACUUGCCUUUAUGGGCAGUGUUCCACUACAAGGAUAUUUCUGGGGAUCACAUGAUCUCUGAAUAUGCCUCAGAGAGGAAUUUGCAAUAUUGGGGUGUAAAUUAAGGUAUGAAGUCAUCUCUGAAGUUUUGCACUUUUUUCGAUUUUGAUAGGCAUGUUUCUUAAUUAAUGAUGAGGUGAAAAAAUGUAGUUCAAACUAAUACACAAAGAGUGUCACUGUGAGUGUGUUUUACAGCCCAGAAAUGGGCAUAUGGGGAUAUCUACCUUUUUUAAACAUCUGAAAGUAUUUAUACAAUUCAUAGUACACUUGGCAUUUUAAUAUCAGGUUUACAGUUGUAAAUUAAAGUGGUGUUCUCAUAAUUUUAUCCUUCUUACAGAGUAAGAUUUUUUUUAAAACUCAAUCAUUCCACUGUGUUCUUUUUUACAACUGACUAUUACAGAGGCAGUAGCAAAUACUUAAACUGGAAUCUUGAUAUCUUGUGCCUAUGAUUAACCCAUUCUUUAGUACUUUUCAGUAUAGGCACUAGGAUAAUUUGUUUUCUCUGUGUGACUCUGUGCCUCAACACAGUCCAGUUAGGAGUAUUCCUGAAAUUUUACAUUAUUCCCUGUUAUCCUGCUGGAAACUGACUGGACUGCAUUCUGAUCUGGUCACCUGUGUGUAGGAUGAAAGAAGAGCAGAAGUGUGGCACCUUGCUGUAACUGCCCGGGUAGUCCUUAUUUUCUGCUAACAGAUUUAUUUUAUUUCCCCCUUCUGUUCAUCUCAGUUCAGGACCAACUGAUUCUUCAGACAGCAGUCAUGUGGGUACUGAGCAUGCUAAUAUUGGUCUUGUGCUCAUGAACCUCAAGCACUUAACUUUUUCCUGAAAUGUCCUAGAAAACUUCAAAUGAUAUUUAAUGCCUGCUAGCAAAUUGCAGCAGAAUAAAAAACUUGCAGCUUCAGGCUUGUUCUUUACAUGUCAGUGUAUUCAUUAACCACUCUGCUCUUGAAUGUUUCUUUUGGGGUUUCAUGAUCAGCUUUGGUUUUCCCCCCUCUUUCUUCCCCAGCUGAAAAUUCUGCAAGAUAAAAAACCCCACACCUCUGGACUCUUCAUACAGAAAGGAGGUACUUGUGUACUCAGAAUACUUUUAAAUAAAAAUUGAGAUGGUGCCUGUAAUUCUUUUGGUUAUAUUAGCCUUGUGGAGCAAGAAUUCCACUGCCCUGUUCAAAACAACAUUUAUUACCAAACCCCGAGAUAACAAACUUGAUUAGGACCUAAAAAGAGGGAAGUGGAAAAACAGUAUCCUUGAAACUACUAUUGUAACCUUUCCAAUGAGUGUCUUGACUAAGUAUAUAUACAGUAUAAAAAGUCUGGCACAGUGAAUGUGUUCUAACUGUUGAGAUAUUCCAAGAUGCUUUGUCAGAUUCUGAGAGUAAUGACAGGCCCUGUCUAUUUUUGGGGCACCUCUUGCCCCAAGAAGCGAGGCAGAUAGUCUUCACUGGCAUGCCAAGUGUACAAACAAGAAUUGGCUAACUUGGAUUGGAUUGAAAUUGAGACAGGCCAAAGCUUGAAGGAAAAUGGUGUACAGUUAGGUACCUGAAUUGUGAUCUGUGACUGAUGAACCUCUUGAUUAAAGGAGCAUCUUUGGAGAGAGUGAGCCUACUCAGUCUCCACACUAGAAAAGGGAUUACAAACAGCAUGAACUUGAUGGUUUGCAUAACACUUGUUUUCAAAGAUCUUUUCAAAUAAGAGAAUAUACCAGUAAAACAAGCAUAAACACUGAGGUAGCAGUUCUAAUGCUAUAUGAAAAAAUGUUACACAAAAUAAUUUAUGGUGGCUAAAGCAAUAUCACUCUCAUGGUUAAAACUUUCAAAGGUGACUCACUCAGACAAGAAAGCUUUGGCAUAGAAAAAGAAAUGUUUUCUAUAUAGGAUGAAACUUGGUAUAUAAUGCAACUUUUUUUUUUUUGCUCCAAGCCUUUUUAUUGUUUUGCUUCUUUUCCCAUCAUUCUGUUGCCGAAACUCACCAGUUCUAAUACUUUAUCCUUCCACUUCUUAUGGAUUCAUCAAAGAACAUUCAAUUAGCUAUUUUUGUGAUGCAGCAUAAGCUCAAUUUACAGCACAUACCUGAACUGGUGGUUACUAAAUUGCUGUUGGUGCGGAAGUGGAGUUAACUGCGGUUGUAGUUUGACUAGGCCAGGAAGGUCUCUGGCCUGUUGAUGUAUGGAUACAGAGGUCUGUGGUGGUACAGAUGAAGAGUCCUCUAGUGUGUCCUAGACUUUGGGCUUUUAAAAUGUCAAAGACCUGUGGCUUACUGGCACUGAGUUAAGGGUGAUGUGCCUUAAUUUACCUCAGUUAUUGAUAAGCAGUCUUUGGAAAAACACAAAGGGACAGCUGUUUCAUUGGACUAUAUUCCAUUCUAACCAAGAGCCUGGCAUGUUUUUAUAUAUGUAUCGUGUAGCUCAUUUCACACAGUACAAUUUUAAUUAGAGUUAACUUUAUUGAAGAUUCAGUAGAUCUCUUUUCAAGACUCCUAAUCCUGGUAAUGUACAACCAUCAGCUGGCUUGGCUUUCUGCAGAAUGUGGGGAUCUUUACAACUUUUUUCCAAAGUACAGUACAACUGGUAAUUUGUCACUAUGUGUCAGCCCUGAAUAAACAGGGUGACUGCUCUGUGAGGAACUUAAAUCUGAUUCAGCUUAAAAUCUGUGAAGUUAGUCUUUUAGAAACUGACUUAAACAAACAAACAAAACAAAAGACAAAUAAACAAAAGAAACCCCAAAAGUAUACAACGAAAGAGCCAAACGCUCCACAAAUGUGGAAUAAUUGAGUUGUAAAUAACCUUUUGGAUUAAUUGCACUAUGUUGUUCAGGAAAUGGGUUUUAAAUUUAAGUGCAUAUUACAUGGUUGGAUCAUAUAAAAUCUAAAUGUUUUAAGUCUGGUAGGCAUUGGAGUAAGUUCUCACAUACAGUCUUUAUAAUUUUUAUAAGGGCUGAAAAUACAACUGUGAAAUUCUGAGUGAGGA